AUGAAGAAGUUAACCAAGAGCCCCGAUUGUCGUAACAAUGUCGACAAGUGCAGCGAGAAAAAGUUUAUCACCCUGAAGAGCAGCGACGACGAGUCGUUCCAAGUGGAGGAGGAGGUGGCAGUGCAAUCGCAAACAAUCAAGCACAUGAUCAAGGAUGAUUGUGUCGACGACUACACCCCAAUCCCCAAUGACCAACAUCACCGACGGGAUUCUAGCCAAAGUGAUCAAGUUCUGCAAGAAGCACAAGUGCACUCCUCAAUAUGUCGUCGACUUGAAGGAGUGAGACGCGGAUUUCAUUUAAGAAUGAGUGGUGAUUUGAGCAUCGUGGCAUGCAUUCAAAAUCAAUUGGGGGGUUCGAAGAGCCCCUAG